AUGACUUUCCAGGUUUCCUCUGUGCCUUUGGUGCAUGCACUGGUGUUAGUCUGGGACCACUUCUUGGUGCAGUUGCUGACAUCCAGCCAAGUAUUCCUUGGUUCGUGUGCCAUAUUUGGUAGCCUCAGUCUUGCCGCUCUGUAUGCAGAGAGGAGAAGUAUGCUGUUUUGGGAGGUAUGCCAGCAGCAUUUCAUUACUCACCAGCAGAGAGCAUGGGAUAAGGUUUUCUGGUUUCUGAUUUCUGGACUCAACAUGUUGGUGAUGAUGCUGUUCUUCAUUAUCUUCCUGGGAUUGUACAUGGUCUUCCAGGAGAAGAAGAGGAAGAACUAACUACACAUUAUACUGUUCUCUGGGUGAUAGAGACUUCAACUGUAGCUGUUGUAGCACCAAAACACUAUACACACCAGAAAUUACCAAUUGUUCCCAAAACCUACUCAUUUGUACCCAUGCACCAUUUUUCUGAUAAUUUUGCUGCUAAUAAAGAUGUAAGUGUGCCAGUGUGUUGCACUGCAGUGCACCCGGAAUGGCUUCAAAAGUGGAUGUGUUGGUGCUCUUAAAAUAGAGCAUUGUAUAUACAUAGUGUAGGAAUGACAGUAAGCUAGAUGAGAUUGCAUUUAGCAGGGAGAUAUCAAAAUUCAUGCACAUACAGUAUUGUAGCACUGGUGCAAGAUACGU